AUGUUCGCAGUCAAAGGGUGGAGCGUGGAUGCGAGCUCGCUGAAGCCUCAGACGCAGGUCUUCCAGUCGAACGCAAAUGGAGAGGGAGGCAAGAAGAGGAAGCGGGAUCACCGCGAAGCCCAGACGAAGAAAGAGAAGAAGCGACUGAAGCGGGAGCAAGAUGCCAUCAACGAUCCGAACAAGGUCGCGCUGGGUGAGAGGAAGCCGAAGGGCGGAGACGAGAGUGGGGAUGCAGUGGAAGGAGGAGGCGCCGAGGAUGCUACACCACAGGACGAUGCAGAAGUCGACGAGGCAACGGCAAAGAAGAACAAGAAGAAGGAGAAGAACGAGCGCCAGCAGAAGCAGAAGUCCGAGCAGCAGUCUAUCAAUGACAAGGCUCAGCACGCAAAAUCCAAGGAUGCGCCGAAGAGCGACAGCAAAACGGCAUCAGCGGUUCCAGCAGUACCCUCUCUACCCACUGGCGCAAAGCUCACCCCGAUGCAAGCGGCAAUGCGACAGAAGCUCGUAUCAGCACGAUUCCGACACCUCAAUCAGACUCUAUACACUGAACCCUCGGCCAAGGCUCUGCAACUCUUCGCGCAAAACCCUGAGAUGUUCGACGACUACCACUCAGGAUUCCGCCAACAGGUCCAAGUCUGGCCACAGAAUCCCGUCGACACCUUCAUCUCUACGAUCAGAACACGCGGCAAAGUCCGAGUCUUCUCCCACAAGAAGACCUUCAAGGACCAGAAACGGAAAAGUGGAGGCGCAACAGAAUCCGAGGCGGCACCAAGUGGCGACAUAGCAGCGCUGCCACGAACACAAGGAACGUGUAUUAUCGCAGACAUAGGCUGUGGUGACGCGCGCCUUGCACAGACGUUAAAGGAGUCCGGCGACGGCCAGAAGCUCCAACUCAAAGUCCUCUCCUACGACUUGCACUCCCCGUCCAAACUCGUCACAAAAGCCGACGCCUCAUCCCUCCCUGCAGCAGACGGCUCCGUGGACAUCGCAAUUUUCUGCCUAGCGCUCAUGGGCACCAAUUGGAUUUCCUUCAUCGAAGAAGCCUAUCGGAUCCUCCACUGGAAGGGCGAGCUCUGGGUUGCCGAGAUCAAGUCCCGCUUCGGUCGAGUAGGCCGCGCGAACAAGCCGGUCGAGCACAGCGUUGGUGGAAAGAGGAAACAGGCUGUGCUGAUGAAGCAGCACGAGAAGAAGAAGAAAGAGCAGGAGGAGGUCAACGAGGAGCAAGCCCUAGCAGUUGAGGUUGAUGGUGUGGAGACGAAGAAUGAGGAGACUGAUGUGGGAGCUUUUGUGGAUGUACUACGGAGGAGAGGGUUCGUGUUGAAGACUGGGGAGGCGAGUAUUGAUUUGAGUAACAAGAUGUUUGUCAAGAUGGACUUUGUGAAGAUGGCGCAGCCGACGAAGGGGAAGAAUUUCAAAGAAGAUGCAGCGGGAGCGAAGCCGGCGGAGAGAUUCAGGAAGACGAAGGCGAAGUUUCUGGAUGAGGAUAUGGAUGAUGUUGCGACGGAGGAUGAGGCGAAGACGUUGAAGCCGUGUUUGUAUAAGAUCAGGUAG